AUGUCGGCCCCCAAAGAAUUCAAGAUGGAGUACACAAGACUCGGUAACUCGGGAUUGAAGAUAUCCAAAGUUAUCUUUGGUGCAAUGUCUUUUGGAUCAUCCGAAUGGCAAGACUGGGUACUUGACGAGGAUGAAGCUCUUCCGCUAUUGAAACACGCAUACGAUCUCGGAUUGAAUACAUGGGACACUGCAGAUACGUACUCCAGUGGUAGAUCCGAAGAAAUCAUCGGGAAGGCCUUGAAGCAAUACUCAAUUCCACGCAACAAGGUUGUUAUUCUUAGCAAAUGCUAUUUUGGUGUUGCUGAAGAUGGAACACAACCCUUGAUCUCGGCGCUUUCUAAAAAUGAUGGGGAGAUGGUCAACCGGGUAGGAUUGAGCAGAAAACACAUUCUUGAUGCUGUGGACAAGAGCGUUGCUCGAUUAGGAACCUAUAUCGAUGUCCUGCAGAUUCACCGACUCGAUCGCGAUACUCCAAGGGAGGAAAUUAUGAGAGCCUUGAAUGAUGUUGUGGAAAGUGGCAAAGUUCGGUAUAUUGGUGCAAGCAGUAUGGCGGCAUGGGAAUUUCAAACGCUUCAAAAUAUCGCAGAGAAGAAAGGAUGGCAUAAAUUUAUUUCCAUGCAGAAUUAUUACAACUUACUGUAUCGUGAAGAGGAGCGAGAGAUGAUUCCAUACUGUAGAGAUACUGGUGUCGGACUUAUCCCCUGGAGCCCAAUUGCCAGAGGAGCACUUGCUCGCCCUUUCAAUAACCGAGCUACAACUCGUGAAAAUAGUGACAUGAUGCUCAAGGCCUUGAUCCGUAGCAAAGAAACCGAUAUUGACAAAACUGUCAUUAAUCGCGUUGAAGAGAUUGCAAAGAAGAAGGGAGUAAGCAUGGCUACUGUGGCUAUUGCUUGGUGUCUCAACAAGGACAGUGUCAAUCCGAUUAUUGGCUUGAGUAGCAAGGAGAGGAUUGAACAAGCUGUAGAGGCUGUCCAAUUCGCCAGUUCUGGAAAGUUGACAGCAGAGGAUAUUGCAUAUCUUGAGGAAGGCUAUGCGCCCAAGGUUGUACAAGGUUAUUAA